UUGAAGUUUGAUAAUAACUAAAUUCUUUAGUCUAAAAAUGUUUUGAAAUUCACGUAGAGCAUAAAAUUUUGUUGCAGUUUUUGAAUACGUCUGGUUGAUGUUCGUUUUACGCGCGCCCAAUGCAUGUUGCUUUAGCGUUAUCGAUUACAACACAAUACAACCGUGCGUACACAAACAACUGUUGACCAACACUGCAGCCAGUGACCGUGUGUGUGUGUGUGAGAGAUUGAAGACAAUGGCUGCGGCUGUGGACGGUGUGGUUCCUACCCUUGCAAUUCGCUCUAGCGUGGCUGUUGAGCUGUGGUCGUCAGCUGGUGCAAAACAGCCAUACGAACACAAGCCCAAUUUGCCGCGAGAGGAGACGAAAAGUUCGCGUUCGAUCUGCUUCAGUCCGGAUGGUCGGUAUUUUGCAUACUCGAAUGGUGCCGAGGUGAAGGUGCUACGCGUGCCAAUUUCCAACACUGGCGGCGACGCUGAUUGCUGGCCGGUACAAUGCACGUUGCCGCGUCCAAAGGCCUUCUAUCUCAAGUUCUCACCGCGCGGCAAUUAUCUGUGCACGUGGGAGCAUUAUGCCAUCACAAAAGAUCGUCCCGAGGGUGCUGCAAAUUUGCUUGUUUACGAGAUUGCCACUGGCAAGGAGGUCUUUGCCAUUGUACAAAAGAAUCAAACGGAUUGGCAGCCAUCGUGGUCAUCUGAUGAAUCGAUCUUUGCGCUGGUCGUCGGCGGUGAAGCACUUUUCUAUGAUUUGGCAAAUGGCCCGACUGAAGGAUUUGCCAGUGCAUCACGCAAAAUUGGCGGCAGUCGCGGCGGUAUGCUAUCCCUCGGUCCGGGCAAUAGUCCGCCAUACUUGGCAUUCUAUACACCCGGCGCCAAGGGUGCACCAUCCAUGUGUAAGCUCUACAAGUAUCCAGCUUUGGGCCAGAACCAAACGGUUGCCUGUAAGAGUUUCUUUCAAGCGGAUCGCGUCGAGAUGCUAUGGAAUAAGCGAGGCAGUGGCCUGCUGCUUCUAACGAGCACGGAGGUGGACAAGAGUGGUGCCUCGUACUAUGGCAAUCAAGCGGUACAUUUUAUGGCUACCAAGGGCGAUACAUGCUCUGUGCCAUUAUCGAAGGAGGGCCCCGUCCACUGUGUGAAAUGGAGCCCCAAGGCCAAUGAAUUUGUUGUCGUCUAUGGCUUUAUGCCAUCCAAGGCAGCACUCUAUAAUCUAAAGUGUGACGUUAUCUUUGACUUUGGAGAGGGACCACGCAACUGCGCCUACUUCAAUCCAUUUGGCAAUCUGAUUGUGCUCGCCGGCUUUGGCAAUCUACCCGGCGCCGUGGAAGUGUGGGAUGUUACCAAGAAGGAGAGGAUCGCCAAUAUAAAGUGUGCGGACACCACACACUUUGAAUGGCAUCCGAAUGGCGAAUGGUUUGUCACGGCAACAACUGCGCCCCGACUGCGCAUUAGCAACGGAUUCAAGGUAUAUCACUAUUCGGGCGCAUUGCUGCAUGAGACACUGUGGCCGCAGGGUCAGGAGUUGCUUGGCAUCGAGUGGCAGCAGUAUGCGGAUAACACAUUUGCCGAGCCAAAAAUCACGAAGGCCAAACAUGAGGGCAUCAAGUCCAGUCAGCCGGAGGCCAGCAAGAAGGCCUACACACCGCCCCAUUUGCGUUUGCUCAAGGAGGGGAAAAAUCCGGAAAAAUAUUUGCCGCAGCCUCAGACGGUGCCGGGACUAACAGCAACAGCACCAGGUGUUGGCAAAAAUAAGAAGAGAAAUACCAACGGCAGCAAAGCAAAGGGCAAUAAUAACAUCAACAACAAGCGUGAAGCUGGCGAUGCCACACCACAAGAUGCAGCUGCCACUGCAGCGUCUCCCGUUGAGGGUCUGGACCAGCAGCAGCAGCAGCAGCAAGAUCAGGAGAUUGCAACAGGCUCAGCUGUAAAUGUUGGUGAAUCGCCGCGCAAACCAGCGCAGCAGCAGAAGCAGCGUCCGCAGCCCAGGCAGCAUCAGCAAUACCAACCACAGCAGCAGCAGCAGCAGCAGCAGCAUCCACAACAGCAGCAGCAUCAACAGCAGGAGCAGCAAAACACGGUUGAGCUGGGCACACCACGUCAUUAUCAGGCCAAUGGCAAUGUUCCGCCGAACAAUAAUGCCAACAACAAUAACAACAAUAGCGACAAGGAUCGCAAGAUACGUAAUGUGGCCAAAAAAUUAUCGGACAUUAAAAAGCUCAAGUCGCGACAAAGUCAAGGCGAAACUCUGGAAUUGAAUCAGUUAAACAAAAUUAAAAUGGAGGCAAGGUAUUUGGAGGAACUCAAGGCGCUCAAAUUGUCCGUUUAAUAAUGAUUACAUGCCAUCAACUGUUAAAUGUGUGAUACAACAAUAGCAACAACAACAACAAAAGCAACAAUAGCAACUAC